GGGUGCUCUGUUCCUCCUCUCCUGCACAGAGGACAACAUGUUUAGUAGCGACCCUGAUCACCCCACGAAGAAUAUCAAAAUUAGCCAAGAUGACAAGUUCUUUGGCAGGCAAUCGUCCCGGAGAACCUCAGUCAGUCAUGCUUCUUUCGACGAAUGCGGCGGACUUACCGGUGCCGUUCCCUUCAAUUGGGAGUCUCAGCCAGGUACCCCUAAGAACACAUUGGCCUCUGUCGCCUCCGAUACCCCCCGCCCACGCCCACUCACCCCUCCUCCCUCUCGGUCCGGUGCCCCAAAGUACAUAACUUUCCCUGAUAAUUCUCUCCGCCGUACUCUCACCUCUCCCCUCUCCCAGGCUCAACCUAACUCUCCAAAGAACACAACUUCCCCUGAUGUUUCCUUCCACCGUCCUCUCCCUCCACCUCCCUCCUUUCAGUCCGGCGCCCCAAAGAACACAAAUUUCCCCGAUAGUUCCCACCACCCUCUCACUCCGCCUCCCCUCUCUCGGUCCGGUACCAUAAAUAACACAAAUUUCCCCAAUAUUUCUAUCCUCUCUCUCACUCCACCUCCAUCCUCUCAGACCGGCACCCCAAAGAACACAAAUUUCCCCAAUAUUUCAGUUCAACCUCUCACUCCGCCUCCCUCCUCUCAGUCUGAUGCCCAAAAUAACAAGACUGUCUCAAAUGUUGCCCACAACCGCUCUCUCACUCCUCCUCCCUCUUACAAUUUCGAGCGGCCGGACACCUCCACCGCAGAACCCAUCAAACUGAAGCGCUCAAGAUCACUUCUUCUCUACACAUUGCUCACCAAAAUACUCAAUCUGAGGAAGAGUAUAAAUACGAUGUCGUCGUCGAAAUCUUCAGCUUCUUUAUCACCAUCACCAUCUCAUUCUUCCCUUUCCUCGAGAUCAUGGUCGUCUACGUCACGGUUUUUAGCAGCCAGUGCACCAAAUAUGGACCGUGGAAAGAGAAGUUGGCCGUCGACGCCAAGAUCGUCUUUUAAUGAGAAAGCAGAGGACGAAGAAGAUAUCAGUUUUGGGUCCUCAAAUCCUUCUGUGUGUUUUUCUAUUGCCUUUGGAAGGGGGGAUCGUCUUAGGGUUGUUCGAUGCUACGGCUGCUCAAGCUAAAAUUAUUCAUAGUAGGUUCUGUAUGGCCGAAGCCGGAGAUUCUCUGUUUCAACUUUCAAGUCUUGUUUAUGCUUCUGUUUUUCCUUUUUCUUUUUUCUUUUUUUUUUUUGGAGUGAAUUUAUGCUUCUAUUUAGUUGGAUGAAAUGUUCUAUGAUCAAACGGUAGUAUAGUAAUAAUAAAUAAAGAAAUGAUUACUUC